UGUGUGUGUUUGUCUCUCUCUCUCUCUCUCUCAUUCACGGAGGAGGAAAAUAUCAGAGCCGGAGUCAGACACGACACAACAUGUCGCUCGGGUUGUUUGGUGAAGUGUCUGUGUUGAGAUGGGAAGUAGGACUAUUAGCUCGGGAACACAGUAAACAGACGUCAUGCCGACGUUUAUUGUAGUAUAAGGCGAGGCUGAGGUUUGGGUUGGUAGUCAACGUUAGUUAAGCUAACCUAGGAUAGCUAGGUUAGGUUACGUUAUAUAUAGAUUAGAUAGGCUAGCUGUCGAUGCCCAGCUGAUUGAACUGGCAUUAAUCAGUACGGGAACACGUUAGCUAGCUCGCCGGCUAACUGCCAGUCGGCUGGCUUGAUGUGUUCUGCCCGCUGGCUUCUCGGGCCGAAUGUAUCGUUAGUUGGCGGGUGUUUAGGGCUGAAUAAUUAUAACUACAUGUUUUUGGUGUGACCUGCAGUCGACAUGGAGCUGUUUCAGGCGAAAGACCAUUAUAUUCUCCAGAGCGGCGACAACGCGCUGUGGUGCAGCAGGAAGGACGGCUCCCUCAGCGUGAGACCCGCAACUGAUUUGCUACUAGCAUGGAACCCUAUAUGUUUGGGACUGGUGGAAGGUGUUAUUGGAAAAAUACAGCUUCAUGCCGACUUUCCUUUGGGCCUCGUUCUGAUCCGCCAGAAAGCACUGGUGGGCUUGUUGCCAGGAGACCACAAGGUCUACAAGAUCACCAAGAUAGCAGUCAUUCCACUUUCAGAUGAAGAACCACAGGACCUGGAGUUAGAGCUUUGUAAGAAGCACCAUUUUGGAAUCAACAAGACAGAGAAAAUCACUCAGUCUCCUGAUGAGUCCAAGUUCCUGUUGAAGACUUUUAGUCAAAUCAAGUCUAAUGUUGCUGUUCCCAUCAAGAAAAAGGUAAAAGAGAACAAAGAAAAGGAACGUCUGGAGAAGAGACUGCUUGAUGAGCUCUAUAAGAUAUUUGUGGAUUCCGAUUCCUUUUACUACAGCCCCACGUAUGACCUUACAAAUAGUGUCCAGAGACAGGGAGCAUCUGAGAAGUCUGAUCUGCCACUGUGGAAACAGGUGGAUGACAGAUUCUUCUGGAAUAAACACAUGAUACAGGACCUAAUUAACCUACAGGUUCCUCAAGUGGACUUCUGGGUGAUCCCUAUAAUCCAAGGCUUUGUGCAGGUGGAGGAGUUGGUGGUGAAUUAUAACGACAGCCCUGAUGAGGAGAAGAGCAGCCCAGACACGCCACCACAGGAGCACACCUGUGUGGACGAUAUCCACCCUCGCUUUACUGUGGCACUCAUUUCCAGACGGAGCCGCCAUCGUGCAGGCAUGCGUUACAAACGCAGAGGAGUGGACACUGAAGGACAUGUGGCCAACUAUGUAGAAACGGAGCAGCUAAUCCAUGUACAUAGUCACACACUGUCCUUUGUGCAGACGCGAGGGUCGGUCCCUGUUUUCUGGAGCCAAGUUGGGUACCGCUACAAUCCCAGACCGCGACUAGAGAAAGGAGAGAAGGAAACCGUUCCGUAUUUUUCUUCGCAUUUUGAACAGCAACUAAAGAUAUAUCAGAAGCAGGUCAUCAUCAAUCUAGUGGACCAAAAUGGGCGUGAGAAGAUGAUUGGCGACGCAUUCCUCAAACAAGUGCUGCUGUACAACAACCCCAACUUGACCUAUGUCUCUUUUGAUUUCCAUGAGCACUGUCGAGGGAUGAAGUUUGAGAAUGUGCAGACUCUCACUGACGCUAUUGCUGAUAUCAUCACUGACAUGCGAUGGGGAUGGGUGGACCAAGCAGGAGUCAUCUGUACGCAAGAUGGCAUUUUCCGUGUCAACUGCAUGGACUGCCUGGACAGGACUAAUGUAGUUCAAGCUGCUAUCGCUCGUGUGGUUAUGGAAAAGCAGUUGAAGAAACUGGGGGUGAUGCCCCCUGAACAGCCGCUUCCCCUAAGGUGUUACAGGAUCUACCAGGUGAUGUGGGCCAAUAAUGGUGAUACCAUUAGCCGCCAGUAUGCCGGCACAGCUGCUCUCAAGGGGGAUUUCACACGGACAGGAGAACGCAAACUGGCAGGAGUGAUGAAAGAUGGUGUGAAUUCAGCUAAUCGCUACUAUCUAAACCGCUUUCGUGAUGCAUACCGACAGGCGGUCAUUGACCUCAUGAUGGGUCUUCCUGUGACCGAGGACCUGUAUUCCAUCUUCAGCAAAGAAAAGGAACACGAGGAGAAGGUGAAGCAGAGCCAGAGAGGAGCACAGGAGCAGGUCAGCCUCCUCUUACAGACGUACAUGCAGCUCCUGCUGCCAGAUGAUGAGAAGUUCCAUGGUGGCUGGGCCCUCAUUGACUGUGACCCCAGCCUGAUUGAUGCAACGCACAAAGAUGUGGAUGUCCUUUUACUGCUGUCCAACAAUGCAUAUUAUGUUGCGUACUAUGAUGAGGAGGCAGAUAGAGUUAAUCAGUACCAGCGUCUCAGUUUAGAAGGUCUGGAAAAGAUUGAAAUAGGCCCAGAACCAACUCUGUUUGGCAAACCCAAAUACUGCUGCAUGCGACUGCAUUAUAGAAACGAGGAGACGAGUGGUUACUUCCAUACCCUGAGAGCUGUCACACGAAACCCAGAGGAUGAUGGAAAAGACACACUGCAGUGCAUAGCAGAGAUGAUUCGCAUCACUAAACAAGCUAUGGGACUUGAUCUACCAGUAAUAGAGAAGAAGUUGGAAAGGAAACACAGUAAACCACAUGAAGACAUCAUGGGCAUUCAAGGAAAAGCCAAUGAGCAAAUGCUUGGCUCAGGCUUAGCUCAGGGCAAAAGUUUCCUCAUGAACAAGUUCUCAUCCUUAAAUCAGAAAGUAAAGCAGACUAAAACUAAUGUCAACAUUGGGAACUUCAAGCCCCUUGGUAGACUUGGCAACUUUUCCAAGCCAGAAGUGAAAGUAAACUUCUUAAAGCCCACCAUGCAUGUGAACCUCUGGAAAUCAGACAGCAGUUUGGAGACUUCAGAUGGGAAUACAGGCUCUGGAGGCCUUAAGGAUCUUCGUGAUGAUCAUUCAGAUGCGGGGAUCUCCUCCGACUCUGACUCUUGCAAUUCAGAUGAGCAGCCAUGUUCAGGCUCCCUGGAAAACAUAGACUAUGUUCUCCCCAGUUGUGGCAUUGUAGCAUCUGCACCUCGACUUGGCAGCCGCUCUCAGUCCAUUGGUAGUGUGGAGCUCGCUGUGCCCUCUGUUAUUCGUGUUACAGGCUGCGAGAACAAGGUAGAGGACAGUUUAUCAGUUGAAGCAAGUGCUCAGUCCCCUGGGGCAGCCUCCGAAGCAGAAGAAGCCAUUUUGAUUGACUUUGGGACUCCUGUUGACGCUUACUGCCACCAGUUUGUCCAGGAUGCCCAGAUAAAACCAAUAGAAGUGUUUGAGGAACAUCCAGUACUGCCACCAAAUUCGCUGCCAUCUCAGGGUCCAAAGGUUGCAUCAGCUACAGGCACAAAGCCAGAUUCAUCGAACCCACAGCAGCAGCAGCAGCAACAGCUCCCUCGUCCUUCACAGCUUGAUGUAGAGCCUACCGUACCAGGGGGAUAUCUUCUUACCGUCCAGCCUCCAGGUUCUGCGGCGUCAUGCGGCUCACAGAAGAGCUUUGGCUCCCAUGUGGAAGGAAGCCUAGGGCCUUCCCCAGCAGACAGCAAUGGAAGUCGAGUGGUGUCUCCCUUUGCAAAGAUCAAGAGCUCCAUGGUGCAGGUAGCUAGCAUAACCCAGGCAGGACUCACCCAAGGUAUCAACUUUGCUGUGGCAAAAGUGCAGAAAAGUCCAGAGCCAGAAGCAGUCAAUGAGGUCCAGGAGAAUGAAUUGCGAGCGAUGUUUACACAGUGCCAGACUAGGAUUAUUCAGAUAUAGCGUGGUUUUUUUUUUUUGGCUUCAUGCAUAUACAUGCAUUCUGUAUGUUUUUAGCUUAGAAUGGGACUUCCAGCACAGUAGCAGUAGCAUAAGCUUGCACAAACAGUGUACAGAGUCAGCUAACUUCCCUACUCCUUAUUCUCCGCUAGUUAAUCCAACUGAUGUUUACAGCUAGUGUUGUGUAAGUAUAUAGUAUACACCUAAGCUGAACCUGAUCUGUGCCCUUAUGAAAAAAAGUCCUUAAUAUCCAUACAUUAUUACCAGUUUUGCAUGUUGAGAAAUUGGUCUAGAAUAGGUUGAGACAAGCAGAUUUUAUUGCAUGUCAAAAGAGAGAAGAGGACCUAAUUUUGAAACGUGUGACUCCUGCUCCGCAUCAGUCGAGUGUUGUAGCUAUAGCCGAAACAUGUAGUACAAUAGCCAGAUUCAUAAAUAUCUAUUCAGUGGGCAGCUCAGUAUUAGACAGUAGAAUAAAAAGAGGAACGUAAACAAAAUACAUAAGUAUAGCUCAAGAAACGUCUUUGUUGUGGUGUAUAUCAAUAGAAAUGUACCAAAGUAGCAACAGAGUACUAGGUCAUAAUCUAUGGUUAAAUAAUACUAUUGUCCUGUAUGUAAUUAGUAUAUUAUAUAAAAAAAAGAACAGUACUGUAUGAGUCUUCUGACGUUGAACCCUCCAUUCAAUAUAUUUAGAUAUAUAUGUAUAUAGAUAUACAUACGUUUCUUUAUCGUGAUGAUUGAGAAGAAUACCACUUCAAAUGGGCACUUGAAGCGCCUCGAGUUGUUAGACAUUUCUAUAUGCAUUAGCGUUAAUGAAUUAGAAAUCCCGCUUAAAGGUACAAUAAGUAAAAAAUUUCAUUACAGCUUGAUACAGUGUUUAUCUCGUUAUUUAUUGGUGGUUAAAUGGCUCUAAACAGUUUGUGAGCUGGAAAACUGCCUUUCUUUUCUACUACCAUAGUUUGAGCGAUUUUGUGCGGUGAUGAAAUAUAAUAUGAGUAAAUACAGGCUGCAUCAUUGUGAAUUCACGUGUUUGACAAACUGUGUUUAUAAUCAUAAACAAAUCGCAAACUAGUAUUACUUAUUGUACCUUUAACCAUAUUAUCAUGUUGCGUUACAUGGGGGAAAAAAUCUAUUUAUUAAAACUAUUAUAUACGUUUUCUUUCUAAAUUAUACAAGUGACCUGUUAUGUUACGUUUUUCCUAGAAAUGCAGUAGGAUAAUGGCAGUGGUCAGUGUCUUAAAAUAUCCUUGUGUAAAAUGUUCUAUUCCUCUAAAGGGUUAAAGUCUAUUUGCAAUGAAGGCCUGCAUCAGAUACCUGCCUAAAUCUGUUGUGUUUUAAAUACGUUUUUGUAUUUCCGAUUUCCGAAUGAAAACUGACUCAAAAUAAUCUGUAUACUUACAAAUAACAAUGUUUAUAUGAAUAUGCAUAUAAUACUAUAUAUAAUACUGCUUAUGACUCCUUAUGACUGCUUGUAACUCCUCUUUAAGCAGGUAUUUGAUGUAGCUCAGAUGCAAGAAACCCUGGCCAAAUGUUAAAAACACUGUAAAAUGCUUUUUGCACUCUUAAAUAUCAAGAGUAAGCCUUAUAUUAAGAAUAUUAAGUGCAGGUAUUUUCUGACAAAUCUACCUUCAUAUUCAAUGUUUAUAAAUGCUUUCAUUCAGGUUCUAUUUUGCUGGGUCUGCAGUGUAGUAAAAUCAGAUUUAUGCCACGUUAAUACUGUUUGUUGAUGUUUUGAAGCUCAGGCUUGAGAUCUGACCUUUGGGGUGCUUCUGUUUGAUGUGAUAUUUAAUAUAAUGGAGGAAAUAUGGGGCUGUAUGAGGCCACCUUACCUGUGAGGCCUAUUUUUCUUUAAUUACCCCACUAUAAUGUUAUGUCAUGUAAGGGGCACUGUUACAAAGACCACUUUUUAUUCCAGCAGUUCUGUAUACAAUAUUUUGAGGCUAGUCUGUAGCAUGUGAUCAUGUUGCAGUGAAUACCGUCUCUUAUUGCUAAAAACUUUUUAUAGCCCAAAGCAGACCAAUAAUAAAUACAUUUUGUCUGGAAGAAAAGUUUCUGUAGAACGUGUGAUGGCAAUUAAAGCUUAUUUAAAGUAGGAUGAUGCUUUAGAAGAGCUACAGUUUACUGUUAAUCCUCAGACAAAAUGACUGGUAAUAUUGUUGAGACUGGCUUGAUUCAGAAAUAUAUAAGAUGGUUAGCUGUUUUAUCAGGUUACUUUUGAUAAUCUAGUGGACUAGAACAGAUUUUUAAGAAAGACAUGGUCAUCUCAAGCCUGAGGGUUGAUGGGUUGUUUUGUCUUUUAUGAAUCAUGUCUUUUAAACUGCAAUCUUUUGUUUACUCACUUGCUGUAUGGAGCUUCAUUAUUCAUGCAUGCUUUUACUUACUGUGUAAGUAAAAGAAACCCACUAUUCAUUUCCUUAAACCCUGUAGGACCUGGUACAUCAUUCUGGUACCUCCUGACAUACCAUCGGCACUGUCUGAACUUGAAUAAGGUGGUAGUAUAAUGCUGUUUUCAUUAUAUGUAUGUUGGGUAAAUGGGUUUGGUUUAUAGGUUUUAGGAGUAUUUUGGUUUUUAAGCAUUUGAGAUGGCAUGCACUGAACUGGAGACUAUAGUGGAAACUUAAAACAUUCACACAAGGAAGUGGUACAUACAUUUAAAAUCUUCCAAAAAGCAUUAACCUGCUGUGUAAGUAAACAUUCCUCCUGUUAUGGGUGUUCACUUAAGCUUUUCCUUUUAUUUUGUGUUUCAUGUACGUUUUCCUGUAUUUCAUUUAUGAUUUUCUAUGCAUAAGGAGUUGCACCUUCCUUGUUUUUUUGUGUUCCCCAAAUUUGCUGAAAAAAGGAGUUAUUUGACACAAAGUGCUUUUGAAACCUCAUUUUAUUUGCCAUUUAUGUCUUUUCCUCACUGAACUGACAUGUUGUGCUAACUGAAUUUAUGUUCUGUCUCUUUGAAAAUGUUUUAUUUCUCAGUCAUGUAGUGUUCAGUGUCACUUUAUUGCACAGCAUUCAAGCACACUUUCCAGUAUCUUCCCAUGUGUGUGAUCAAUGGCCUCUUCCCCACAAGUGUGUGAGGUGUUUCCAGCCAAUGUACCUGAACUUUUAUUGUAUCGUAUAAUAGCCUAUUUAUUCUUAGUCUUAUAAACUUCAUAAACUUAAUUCCCUGUGUUUGCUAAUAACAUUUAACAGUUGUGUAUAAAUGCUGUAUUUUAAAAUGUUAAGGGGCAUAUCUUGGAGGUUCUUUAAGUAAAUAAUUGAAAGGAAACUGAUUUGAAAUUCUUAAUUUGUACAUGGCUGCAGUGGUACACUUCUACACUCUAACUUCUGACAUACUGGGGGACUUCUCACAUAUCUAGAUUUAUGACAUAUUUGGUCAUAAUAAUAAUAUGUCUAUUAAAUUUAAGUGGAGAAAUCUUUAGUUUAAUUUGAUUGAUUUAAUACGAUCGGCCAACCAGGAAAUAAAAAGCUUAGCCGUGCAGGAUUCUUAGGUAUUUACACUUUCCUAAUAAUACAGGACUUCAUUGUCUAGAUGUUUGUUCCAGAAGCAGCAAGUGUGCUCUUCAGCACAGCUUGUCUGAUGCCAUAUAGAGCUGAUUCACAGUGCAUUCCUGGUUUUCAGCUCUACUACAGGAGAAACGGAAACAGUCCUGCCUUACUCUGGAAUUUUGGACAGUUGUUUUUUUUUUUUUUCUGGACAGGGAAAGAAUUCUUCAGUCCUGGAAUAUGGGUGGAACAUGUACAGGCACACAUCAGCUUACAACAAAAAAAAUCAUUUUUUUAAACAAAUCACCUUUAUUUAUUUAUUUAUUUUUUUAAACAUGUUAGUGUGUUAAGAACUUUUGCAAGGGUGUGUGUUUUGUACAGUAUCAAUUUUGUACACAAUUUCCAGAUCUGAAAAUAUUUUCAAAAAAUACCUAUUUAUUUCCAUUUUGUCAUUACUGUACCUUUUAAAAUGGUCAAGUAAAAAAAGAAAAGAAAAAGAACCUCAGUGCUGUACAAAAACAAGAAUUAACAAAAUGAAAGAAAAAAAAAAAAGACAUGACUUACAC